AUGCAGAAAGUGGCAACCCUAGCACUGGGGGUAGGGGAGGAGGUUGAGGUGCUGCUGUGCGGGGGUGCCGUGACCACGUAUCACGGCUUGGCUGCAGACGUGCGGGUGCCGAACAUCAGCGGUGGGCUCCGCCGCGGGGCGCCGCAGCGAGGGCAGGGGAGAGGGAGCGGCCGCUUGCAGUGCCGCGUGUGGGCCGCCAGGGGGAGCCGCGCUACCGAGGCGCUGACGUGCUGCGCAACGACCGCCAGAGGGCGCUCCCGCGGCAGCGGUGGGCCUGCGGCGGGGUCCGCCGGCCCGGGGCGGUGCGCGGCGGCUCGUCGGGGGGCGGACGGGGCGGGAAUCACCUCCAGCGAAUCCGGUGCCGGCGCGGGCCGCUCCUUGCCGGGGCGGGCGGCUAAGCUCGUGCAGGAGCUCAGCGAGCCCUUUGUUUGUCUGCUUACCGUGCAGAGGCUUUCGGGCACCGGCAGGGGAGGGAAAAGGCCUUUCGGGAGCCGGGACCCCGCAGCGAGUGCGAGCGCCCCCUGCGCUGGGCGUUUAAGCCUGCGGCGGCCGGAGCAGCGCAACAAGGCUGGUGCUUCCGCAGGUGGUGAAGGUGCCCCCGGCAGGGAGAGGUGCCCGGCUGAGGAGACACUGGUGCUGCCUUGCCUGCACCUGCCCACUGCAGGAGAUCUGGUGGGGACGCCUCUCAGUUCUGACCUUAGAAUUGGGAGAGACCCUCUGUGCAGAGAGAGGCACUUGGCAUGGAUUUAUUCCCUGAGGGAAGAGGCUGGGCUCCCUGCUGUUUGGAGCAACUUGCUGGUGACAGCCAUGUACCUGUACACCUGCCUCAGAGAACAUGUCCUGUGGACGGACACCCCAGCUUGCUACAGCUCAGUUUCAGGUAAUUUCAGGUCCAGCUUGUUGAAGCUCCAGCUUUGGUUUCAGCUCCAGCUACACGAUGCUCUGCUGAUGGACACUCCAGUUCGUUUCAAUUCUGGCUACGAGAUGCUCCUGCUACAUGCAGCUGUGGCUGAGGAAGUGAAGCUGCUUCUUGUUACCAGCUUUGGCUUAAUAAAUGCUCCUUCUUGUUACCAGCCAGUUAAAGCUCCAGCUAAUUGCAGCAGUCUGAGCUUUUGGCCAGGUUGUAAAUCAAUCACUGUCAUAACUUGUAUAUGACUAUGAACUGUCAUACUUGUACAUUGUCUAACAUGGAAUAACUAUUCUGGUGGA